UGCCCACACCUUGAGCCUCUCAGCCUCAAAAAGCAGCUGGCACAACGAGGGGCUGGGGUCAUGAACGGCGGCACUGACUCCCUGAAGCCGUUCCUGCCACUGAAACCCGGACAGAGGUCACCGUCUGGCUCAGUUCUGUCUGUCACUUUGCUGCGAGUGGCGGGGCUGCGCACACCAGCACCGCGGCCACACGCCGGGGUUGCAGAAGGGCUCGGGCCCUAGGACUUAGCACGCCUGGGCUCUGUAUCCCGGCCCGGGACGAGCACUAACCAGCGGUGGGGGCUGGAGCAAAUACGUCGGUGCUAACGGGAUCCCUCCUGGACGUAAGUCAAGAGGCGCGGAACGCAGAGCCCGGGACCUUCGGAGCCUGUGUGUCGCUCUGCCUUCGCUUCCCGCGAGCCGAAGGGACCAGGGUUCCAGGGUUCCUCUUCCCAAAUCCCCCCGUGUGUCUCCGUUGCGCGAGCUUCUUCCUGCUUUCUUCCCGCGGUCACUUUCAGGACGCUUUCCCUUCAGAACUCGUUCUUGAAGUCGCCCAGGGGCACGGCGGGCUUCCGGGGAAGAGCUCGCGCAGGCGCAGAGCCCCGUCUGCGCCCCUCCCCCCGCGGCCCGGGGUCUUCCUCGGCCCCGCCCCUUGUGCCGGCGCAGGAACUCGGAUCGCCGGUGUUUAAAAAGCUGCGGGUGGCCAGACCCGAGCGAGAGCCCGCGGCGCGCAGUCGGGGGUCGCGUCCUGCGCCUCGGGGCGGCAUCCAGGCUCGGAGCGCGGCGACGGAGGCGAACGGAGGCGGCAGGCAGGUUUCUUUACAGAGAGAAAAAAAGUAUAAUUUUGAGCAUUCAGAAGGCAACCAGACAUGUCCCUGGAUGACAUUAAGAUGAAAUCCAAUGACUUGCUGGAGAGGGAAGAUCUGGACAGCGGAGGCUUCGGGAAGGUGUCUUUGUGUUUCCACAGAACCCAUGGACUCGUGAUACUGAAAAAGGUCUACACGGGGCCCAAGUGCACUGAGUACAACGAGUCCCUCCUCGAGGAGGGGAAGAUGAUGAACAGAUUGAGGCACAGCCGGGUGGUGAAGCUCCUGGGCGUCAUCAUAGAAGAGGGGAACUACUCCCUGGUCAUGGAGUACAUGGAGAAGGGCAACCUGAUGCGCGUGCUGAAAGCGGAGACCAGUAUCCCACUUUCUGUAAAAGGAAGGAUUAUUGCGGAGACCAUCGAAGGAAUGUGCUACUUACAUGGAGAAGGUGUGAUACACAAGGACCUGAAGCCUGAAAACAUCCUUGUUGAUGGUGACUUCCACAUUAAGAUAGCGGAUCUUGGCGUUGCUUCCUUUAAGACUUGGAGCAAACUAACUAAAGAGGAGCACAAUGAGCAGAGGAAAGUGAACAGCACCUCCAAGAAAAAUGGCGGCACCCUCUACUACAUGGCCCCGGAGCACCUGAAUGACAUCAACGCAAAGCCCACAGAGAAGUCAGACGUGUACAGCUUUGCCAUAGUACUUUGGGCAAUAUUUGCAAAUAAGGAGCCAUAUGAAAAUGCUAUCUGUGAGCAGCAGCUGAUAAUAUGCAUCAAGUCUGGGAACAGGCCAGACGAGGAUGAGAUCAAGAACUGCCCAAAGGAGGUCAUCGACCUCAUGCAGCUCUGCUGGCAAGCUGAUCCGGAAGCUCGGCCAACAUUUCCUGGUAAGAGCAUCUUUAAAGAGUAUCCGGAACAAAAUGCAAUUGUAAAGAGAAUGCAAUCUCUCCAACUUGAUUGUGUGGCAAUACCUCCAAGCAGGUCAAAUUCAGCCACAGAGCAACCCAGUUCACUGCACAGUUCCCAGGGACUCGGGAUGGGUCCUGUGGAAGAGUCCUGGUUUGCUCCCUCCCUGGAGUACCAGCAAGAAGAGAAGAUACCCAGCCUGCAGAGUAAACUCCAGGAGGAAGCCAACUACCAUCUUUUUGGCAGUCGCAUGGACAGGCAGAUGAAUCAGCAGCCCAGACAGAAUGUGGCUUAUGACAGAGAGGAGGAAAAGAGACGAAGGGUCUCCCAUGACCCUUUUGCACGGCAGAGACCUUAUGAGAAUGUUCACAAUGCAGGGGCAAAGGGCUUUGCUUACCCCAGCGCACCCAGUCAUGGUAAUGCAGCGCACGCACCAGCAGGGCCAACCAGCCAGCCCCAAGUACCAUACUGGAACAAUGGAUUAUAUAGUCCACAUGGUUUUGGAACAAGACCAUUGGAUCCAGGAACAGCAGGUCCAAUUUGGUAUGGGCCAAAUUCAAGCCAUAUACCUAAUCUGUAUAAAACUCCAGUGCCCGAGACCAACGUGCUAGGAAACACACCGACCAUUCCAUUCAUCUCCCUGCCACCAACAGACGAGCCUAUAAAAUGCACCGUAUUCAACAGUAGUGGCAUUCAGAUUGGAGCCUACAAUUACAUGGAGAUUGGUGGAAUGGGUUCAUCACUACCAGAGAGUACAAACAUGAACUUGAAGGAAGAGCCAGCUUCUAAGUACGAAGAUAUCUUUGAUAAUACCACUAGUCUGAGUGAUAAACACCUGGACCCAGUCAGGGAAAAUCUGGGAAAGCACUGGAAAAGCUGUGCCCGUAAGCUGGGCUUCACUCAGUCUCAGAUUGAUGAAAUUGACCACGACUAUGAGCGAGAUGGACUCAAAGAGAAGGUUUACCAGAUGCUCCAGAAGUGGCUGAUGAGGGAAGGCGUUAAGGGGGCCACGGUGGGAAAGCUGGCCCACGCACUCUACCAGUGUUCCAGAAUAGACCUUCUGAACUGCUUGAUCCACGUCAGCCAGAACUAGCCCUGGAGGGCGUCGGCAGCAGAAGCAGCCUCCUCACUUGGUGAAUAGCCUGUUGGAAAGUGCGCUGCCUCGGCGCGUUCAGAAUUCUUUCCUCCCUGAAAUGGGUUCUGCGCCUGCAUAAACAUGUCCUGCACUUCGUAGCUGCAGAGUGGAAGAGAAAUCUGUAACAAACAGCCGCUCUCAGGAAAGUGUACACCUGUUCAUGUCCCAGCACCAACCAAAAGAGCUUAAUUGGGUUUUGAGGGAGAGAACCAGGAAGGUCCUUUCUUUCAGCUCAUGCCAUAACCCACGAUCAUGCUAGCCAUUCAGUUUCCUAGACUUUGAGAAAAAAGAAAAUUCAGAGAACAUAAAAUAAAUCAACUUUCUUAUUUGGUGCUCUCUUCCACAUAGACUCCUGUUAUAACCAAAGUACUGUAAAAUUCUAAGUCCUGUGCAGUAUUUUUGUAUUAUAACAGCAGUUCAUUCCCAAAUUAUAGGGUCUGUUAAUGUCAGUAUCAAAUGCUGUGUCAGUCACUACAGGCUUUAAGAAUUACAUGCACUCUCUAUUAUAUUAAGUUAUGAAUUAAUUUUUAACUGAAUUUACAUUUAGUUAAUUUGUAAAUUAACUGAAGAGAUUUUAAGGGGUGGUACUAAGGAGGGGGAAAAAAUAGAGGGGGGAGGGAACCAUCAGAAUUUCCCAGGCUUUUGUUGUAAGGAAUUGCUACUAAAUGUGACCACUACAAAAACUGAUUAAUUUUCUAAGUACUUUCCUAGCAUUCUGGUACUUUCACCUACCCUGGGUGUCCGGAAGAGGGAACAAGUAUGCAGGGAAUAUUAAUAUCUUCACAUCUGGUUGUGACUGGAGCCUCAGGGCUGAUCACCGUUGAGCUGUUUCCUCAGUUUGCCCCAGUGUACUAUAGAAACGGUUUUAUUUUUUUCUGUGUGCCACAAAGUGAAAAAGGACAGCUUCUGAGUCUGGCAGUUGUAUCUCUAGUAUUUGACCUUCCAAAGCCAACCCGAAACCUGAAGGAACUAUUAAUGGAAGAGUAGGAGACUGAACCCCGGUGGGCCAUCUGGAGCGUCUGCUGGCAGUUUGCUAAACGGAAAGGAAAUGCCAUGUGCUUGGCUCUCCCAAGAGGGAGGGCAAGAACGGUACAGUGAUGGUCAGAAUGGAUUCCGGUGUCUUGCUAUUGUUGGUUCUGAUUCUGAAUCCUCAACUCCAGCAGACACACACCUUUGCAGCCCUGAAGUGGGGCUGCACAGGAGCGCUUCUCAACCUCGGCACCGCUGGCGUCUUGGCUGGGUAGUUCUUUGUCGUAGGAGCUGUCGUGUGCCUCGUAGGAUGUUGGAAGCAUCCCUGGCCUCUACCUCCUUGAUGUCAAUAGUACUGUUCUCCUCUUCCUCCCUCUCCUAGUUGUGACAAAAACGUCUCUAGACACUGCCAAAUGUUCCUUGGAAAGGCAGAAUUGCCCUGGUUGAGAAGACCACCGCUGUACAGUGACGCUCCUCCAUUCUGUCCACACAUCCGGCUCACUACCAAGCUGCCACACACCAGGCCGAGAGGGAGAUUGGAGGUUGGACAGGGUCCAGCUUUCAUCAGAGGGGCCUGGGUGAUUUCUUUUCUAAAUGUAUCCCUUGUUCCACCAUCCUAACAGUGUUCUAAAGCUUCUAAAAUUGCAAAGAGAUUGAAUGAUCAAUAUUAGACAAAAAUACAGUUUUUUAAAUGAACUUUU